UCAACCCACAGGUUCUAGUGAGAAAAACUUCCGCUGUACGGUUUCCUAGAGCUUGAUUGGUUCAUUUAGUUGUUACGUCAUCUGUGCGCCGCAAGUUGAUCGCCGCGUUUUUGUGACGCGUGGCUGGAGCUGCAGUAGCUUAGUGUUGUAGCCAUGGAGAGUGGAGGCGAGAGAAAGAGAGUGCAUGCAGAGGAGGAGGAUUUGGAGUUGUCAGAUGAUGAAGAUUAUGUACCCUAUGUGCCUCUUAAGCAAAGGAGGCAGGAGAUGUCUCUGUAUUUGUGUGUGCAGCUGCAGAAGCGAAUGUUGAUUCGCCGAAAGGGAGUCCUAGAGGAAGAACAAAAAGACAGUGGCAGUGACCACCGAGGGGAUGAAGAUGACAUUCCCUUGGGACCCAGAUCCAAUGUCAGUCUUUUGGACCAACACCAGCACCUAAAAGAGAAGGCUGAAGCUAGAAAAGAAUCUGCCAAGGAGAAGCAGCUAAAAGAAGAAGAAAAAAUCUUGGAGAGUGUAACAGAGGGAAGAGCUCUGAUGUCUGUAAAAGAAAUGGCCAAAGGUAUAACCUACGAUGACCCCAUUAAAACUAGCUGGAAACCACCACGUCACAUUUUGGAGAUGUCUGAAGCGCGUCAUGAUCGGGUCAGAAGUAAAUACCAUAUCCUUGUGGAGGGUGAAAGGAUUCCUCAGCCCAUUAAGAGUUUUAAAGAAAUGAAGUUUCCUGCAGCUAUUUUACGAGGACUAAAGAAGAAAGGAAUUCAUCACCCUACUCCUAUCCAGAUCCAAGGGAUCCCAACCAUUCUUUCUGGACGGGAUAUGAUUGGCAUUGCCUUUACUGGCUCUGGAAAAACCCUGGUCUUCACUCUACCUGUUAUCAUGUUCUGCUUGGAGCAGGAGAAGAGACUGCCCUUUGCCAAGAGGGAGGGACCAUAUGGACUCAUUAUUUGUCCCUCUAGGGAGUUGGCUCGUCAAACUCACAGUAUAAUUGAGUAUUACUGCCAUUUACUGCAAGAAGAUAACUUUCCACAUUUACGUACAGCACUUUGCAUUGGGGGGAUGUCUGUCAAGGAACAGAUGGAAACCAUCAAACAGGGUGUGCAUAUGAUGGUUGCCACACCCGGCCGGCUCAUGGACCUCUUGCAGAAAAAGAUGGUGAGUUUGGACAUCUGCAGGUACCUGGCACUGGAUGAGGCUGACCGCAUGAUUGAUAUGGGCUUUGAAGAAGAUAUCAGAACAAUAUUCUCCUACUUCAAGGGUCAGAGACAGACUUUGCUUUUUAGUGCCACUAUGCCAAAGAAGAUUCAGAAUUUUGCCAAAAGUGCACUGGUAAAGCCAAUAACUAUUAAUGUGGGGCGAGCAGGAGCUGCCAGUCUGGAUGUGAUUCAGGAAGUAGAGUAUGUGAAGGAGGAGGCUAAAAUGGUCUAUCUCCUAGAAUGUUUACAGAAGACUCCUCCGCCAGUACUGAUAUUUGCUGAAAAGAAGGCGGAUGUUGAUGCUAUACACGAGUAUUUACUACUUAAGGGUGUUGAGGCCGUAGCCAUCCAUGGAGGAAAGGACCAAGAAGAGAGAACAAAGGCAAUUGAGGCUUUUAGGGAAGAAAAGAAAGAUGUACUGGUUGCUACAGAUGUUGCAUCAAAGGGUCUGGACUUCCCAGCUAUCCAACAUGUGGUUAAUUAUGACAUGCCUGAGGAGAUCGAGAACUACGUUCACAGAAUAGGACGUACUGGUCGAUCGGGUAACACUGGAAUUGCAACUACCUUUAUAAACAAGUCUUGUGACGAAUCUGUUCUGAUGGAUCUGAAGGCUUUGCUCAUGGAGGCAAAGCAACGUGUGCCCCCUGUUCUGCAGGUGCUUAAUGGCAGUGAUGAAACGAUGCUGGAUAUUGGAGAUGAAAGAGGCUGUGCUUUUUGUGGUGGUUUGGGCCAUCGUAUUACAGACUGCCCCAAGUUGGAAGCUAUGCAAACAAAGCAAGUCAGCACCAUGGGCAGAAAGGAUUAUCUUGCUACCAGCUCAAUGGAUUUCUGAGCAAAAGAUGUGUCUGGGUGCUUAGAUGUGGUGUACAAAAUGGCUAACAUUGCAUUGCAACAAUGCAAUACAAAUUGGAUCACAAACUGCAGGAGUUUUACCAGAUGUAGGGGGCUGAAUUUGGCCUUUGAAUUCUCUGUCUGGUAUUCAACAUUGUACUAAAGGGACUGGCUACCUGAGUUUCUGUGAAAUGUUUUAUCUGGUCCUAAACAAGGGAGAACUGCAGGGCAAUGUAUUAAAAAAAAUAAAUCAUGAACUAUUGUAGGUAUUGGCCUUUUUUAAAGCUGUGUUAAUGUAAGACUUUCAUUCCCUAUCUCUUUACUGUGUAUUCUUUAUUAUAGCAUACAAUAUAAUAAAGUUUUGCCUGUGUCUGAAACAUUU